AUGGGGCUCUGGCUAUCUAGGCUCCUCUCGCUCUUUGGAGAUACAGAGGCACGGAUUCUGGUGCUGGGCCUCGACAAUGCCGGAAAGACUACAAUUCUAUACCGUCUCCAUGUGGGCGAGGUGGUGCAGACCAUUCCAACCAUUGGCUUCAAUGUCGAGACGGUGACCUACAAGAAUAUCAAGUUCCAAGUGUGGGACCUGGGCGGCCAGACCAGCAUUCGCCCCUACUGGCGGUGCUACUACCCGAAUACGCAAGCCAUCAUAUAUGUGGUAGACUCCUGUGAUGCGGACCGGCUGCCCACAAGUCGCGAGGAGUUCCAGGCCAUUCUGGCCGAGGAGGAGCUCAAGUCUGCCGCCAUUCUGAUCUAUGCCAACAAGCAGGACCUCCCGGGGGCCUUGAGCCAGGCGGAGGUCGCGGAGGGCCUGGGGCUGAGCAGCAUCAAGACGCGGGCAUGGUCCAUCUUCAAGACCUCUGCCAUCAAGGGUGAGGGCCUGUUCGAGGGGCUGGACUGGCUCUCAAUGACCCUCAAGUCAAAGAAGUGA